AGAUCAUCCUGACCUGGCAGUGCUUCUGUCCUCUGAGAGAUGGGGGGAAGACAAAGAGCAAACAGAUGAAUAAAUCAGUGCAAGAUACUACAAUUCCCUCUCUUGUUCUCUUGGAGCUAGUAGUGCUGUGACAGAACAGCAUGAGAGUGCGUCGUGGCUGCCGCUUGAAGGGUGUGUGUGCUUUGAUGUUGUGUGUGACGCUGGCUCUGCACAUGCUGGCGAUCGUACUGGUCCUGACGAUGUUCCCUUCAACCUGCGAGCCCUUUCAGAGGGUUCGAACUUGCAACACCACCUCAACCAACCUCACACGCUCCGGCUCCACCAGCGCGGCUAGGCCUGUUAGACAAAGGCGCGUAGGAGCAGCUGAUCUCGCCAAGCUGGAGGCUUUGUUCUCCCACACGCUGUACAGACAGCACGCGCCAUCCAGUCCCGAUGACGACACUCUGCUGAGAAUCCGUACCCAGGGGACAGAGGAGCAGGACGGACAGCAGUGGUUGAGUAACAGCCAGGAGGGCUACGAUCCUAUCCAGUGGAAGGGCAGCGCAGAUACCCACCCUCCCUGGCUUCGGUUCCACCUUGGCAUCACCCGUUGGCAGCUGUAUCAACACAGAGACAUCAAUCUGCCCGCUCUUCUGGAGCAGCUCUCAAAUCAUCGCAUCACCAGUGCAGUUCAGAAAUCAGGAGGAACGCAGCUGAAGUUGGUGAUUACCUUUUCCAACUAUGGACAGGCGCUCUUCAAGCCCAUGAAGCAAGAGAGAUAUGACGAGACAAACGUGAAUCUGUACUAUUUCUCGGACUUUGAGAGGCACAACGCCGAAAUUGCCGCCUUUCACCUGGACAGGAUUCUGGGUUUCCGGCGUGUCCCUCCUGUUGUGGGAAGACUGGUUGAUGUAAUUAAGGAAAUUAAAGAGAUCACCACUGACCACAAGUUGGCCAGGACCUUUUUUCAUUCUCCAGUGGGAAAUACGUGUUUCUAUGGCCAGUGCUCAUACUAUUGUUCCACGGAGCAUGCGGUGUGUGGUCGACCCCGUGCUCUCGAAGGCUCUUUAGCAGCCAUGUUGCCUGACCUUUCCCUUGCACCUCGCCGCUCCUGGAGGAACCCAUGGAGGCGCUCGUACAGCCGCAGCAAGCUCGCUCUGUGGGAGCAAACCCCAACGUACUGCAACGCUGUGAAAAAGACUCCACCCUAUGACCAAGGCACCCGCCUGUUGGAUAUCAUCGAUAUGACCAUUUUGGACUUUCUGCAAAAUAACAUGGACAGACACCACUACGAAACAUUUGAAAUAUUCGGCAACAACACGUUCCUACUACAUUUAGAUAACGGAAGAGCGUUUGGUCGUCACUCUAAGGACGAGCCAUCAAUUCUCACUCCUCUGGUGCAGUGCUGCAGAAUCCGUCGCUCCACGCUGCUCCGUCUGCAACUUCUUUCCUCCUCUCAGUACCGCCUGAGCGACGUCAUGCGGGCGUCUCUUUCUCAGGAUCCCCUGGAUGCAGGCCCUCUCCUCACCGAGUCUCAUCUAACGGCUUUAGACCGGCGUCUAGCCACAGUGAUUCAGACAGUCCAACAGUGUCUCCUUCGGCACCCAAACCAUCACGACGUCAUUUACGACGACAUCCCAGACUUUUUAGACUAAGAAAAUGAUGUACUUGUACUAACGGUGUCGACUGAUUUUUCACUGUAAUGACUGGUACUGUGCACUGUGUGCUCACUGGCUGCUCAUUUAUUUACAAUUAGAAGUAAGUAGAAAUGCUGCUUGUUAAUUUCCAUUAAAUAUAAUUU